AUGCUUUCUCAACUAUUUUUCUCUGCUUUUUGUGCGUGAACAUUUGCUGUGUGCCAGGGUUUCCUCUAUUUUUGUUGUUUAAUGUUCAGUUUCCUUUGUGGUGGCAUUCAGGCUGCCCGGUUCAGGUGUCGAGACGCUCUCUGGAAGCUCAUCUGUGUGUGUGUGAAUACAGCAGUAGAGUUUGCGCAAGCGGAUGUGGAUACACAAUCAUAAACACAGAGGAGGCCCAACACAACUGUGUAUCGGAGUUACGAGCUGAGCUGGACAUGCUCAGGGCAGAAUUAGACUGCAAAGUUGAAGAGGUAAGGCAUGAAAUGGAAUCUCGCUUGGAUUCCCAAAGACGACACAUGGUGCAGAAGGAGAGUCUGCUGAGGAGUGAAGUGGAUGAACUGAAGGGCCAGCUGUCCCACGUCAUGUCAGAUGUCCGCGUUCUGCUGGGUGCAGAGAGAGCACGCAGACAAGAGCUGGAGAGGGCGGAGCUUGAGAAGGCGGAGCUUCUUGAACUGUUAAAAAAGGAGGGGCUCAGACCAGCCACGCCCUCUGAAGCAGCACCGCCCCCUGCUGAGGUGCAGAGAAAGCUGAGCCCAAGAAGCCUAGCUUUGGACUGCAUCAAAAGGAAGAAUAGAGAGGUGACAGUCAUCUGAGGACAUUGCUUUUCACGGCAGAACAGCAAGGAAGAGGGAAUGUCACAUUAUGCUAAUAGAAAACCACUACAUGGAACUAAUCAUCUGAAUGAAGCCCCAUUGUUGUUGUUCCUCUGGGUAAACUGAAUGAUUGAUAUGAGAUUGGUUAUGUUCUUUGAUUUAAGCAAAUUGUGUAGUUAAACAAGACCUUUUUACAAAUGUUGUAUGUUUUUAGAAUUUUAGAGGCUCGUUUUUCCAUUUGAAAGAUCAACAGAGAUGCAUUCUGCUACAUCCAUUGAUAUUAAAACAGUUUUGACAAGGUACAUUGUGGAUUUCUGCAUAAAAAUACACUCAAACAUAUACUCACAAGAAUUUAAUCAUAUUUAACAUUUUAAAAAUAAGAGAAACACAAAACAUGACAAUGAUAUACACCAUAUCAGCCGAUGGUUGAAACAGAUACAGCAGAUCCACAUCCUGACUGGUCCUUUAGAGCCUGGCGGCUGAGUCUGCUUUGCUCAAGGCAGCGUUUAGCGAGUGAAUGAGCGGACAUGUCUGCCCCGUCCGCCUCCGCCGCUGUUGAACUUCCCUUGACCACGUCCACCGCCACUUAUUCCUCCUCCUACACUAACUCCACCACCACUCAGCCAGGACAGACCCGUCCCUCUGCCUCUGGUGGCUCUGUCCCGAGGAGCCAAUCGGUAAGCAC